AUGGUCCCGGGUUUCACCGAUCAAGAUGCCUAUCAAUCCGUCUUUACAAUUGGUCGCAUGGAAGUUAUCGCCGCAUACCAGAAACAGGAAUGGCAACAACAACCUCGAGUAUAUCCCCUUACGUAUGAUCCAAUCCAACUCACCGAAUUUCUGAUGGCACACAAACAGAUUGCAAAGGCAACACCCAAUUUCUUCAAUGCCUUUGAACGAUCGACGGUGAAACUUCCGAACAUCAGCAAAGAGGCAUGUGAUAUACAGCUCGUGGUGAAUCUUAUCCGCACUUGGGGUCCGAAUCAGAACUUAACUUUAUCGCAAUUACAACAAAAAACGGUUAUCAGUUUGUGCCUGGCUACGAUGUGGCGAACUACCUCGGAUAUCGGCAAGAUCCAAUUGCAGGAUGUGUCAUUCACCUACAACGAGAAAGGUACACCUACUGGGGCUACUAUUAUCGAGAGCGAGCCGAAGGAAGGUCAAGCAAAACGCAGCCGACUAGGAGCAAUUGAAGAGUCACUGUUUUGUCCGAUGAAAACAUCAUGGGAUUGGAUGCAAAGAUUUCACGAUCUAAGGAUUCAAUUGCCUGUGGAUCACACGUUGUUUUUGACCUAUGUGGAUAUCGACUACAAGCAAACCGGAUCGAUAAGACCGAAGACUGCAGCAGGAAUGGUCACGAAGAUUUUGACCAAUGCGGGGAUCGAUAUUACGCUAUAA